AUGGUCGCCGGGAUCGACGGUGGAAUUGGCGGCCACUCGGCCGAUAAGCAACAACCCGCGAGGCCAAUCACUGUCGCGUCGGCGGCGGCUGCAGGAGAUGGCGGCACCGCAGCUUCCUCGCAAGUGAAGGAGGUUCCAGCUGGCGCCGCAAUUUCCGGCGCGAAAACCGGGGUAGCAGCCGCGGCGGGGAGAGGAAACGUGGGAGUGCGGCGAUUGGAGGAACUUGAGUGGGAGAGCACGUUUGUUGACAAGCUUCCUGGGGAUCCAGUCGAAGAAAACCACGUUCGAAUAGUACCCUCACGCGCAGUGCUACGAGGGCCCCCCCACAUCCCCGCCUCCCCUCUCCACUGCCCUUUGCCCCUCCUUUACCGCGCACUCCCCCUGCCCGCUCCCGUUCUUCCCCUGUUUCUUCCCCUCACGCCUUGCAGCAAGCCCUACGCGCAGUGCUACGGGGGGCACCAGUUUGGGUCAUGGGCGGGGCAGCUGGGGGAUGGGCGCGCCAUCACACUGGGGGAAGUGGUGCUGGGGCGGGAAGGCGUGCAGGGGGAGGGCGCGCAGGGGAAGGGGUGGAGGGAGCGGUGGGAGUUGCAGCUGAAGGGGGUGGGGAAGACGCCGUACAGUAGGCACGCGGAUGGGCGCGCUGUGCUGCGCAGUUCCAUUAGAGAGUACCUCUGUAGCGAGGCCAUGGCCGCCCUGGGUGUGCCUACAACGAGGGCGCUCUCUGUUGUCACCACUGGGGAGAAGGUGCUGCGAGACAUGUUCUACAAUGGCAACGCCAAGUUCGAGCCAGGAGCUGCUGUGUGCCGCGUGGCGCCUUCCUUCAUCAGGUUCGGCUCGUUCCAGCUCCAUGCCUCCCGGGGAGGUUUGGACAAGGAGAUGGUUCGGGUGCUGGCGGACUACACCAUUCUGCACCACUUCCCGCACCUGGCCGACCUCCCCGAGCCUCCAGUGCAGGUCCGGGAGCCAGGCUCGGAGGAGGACGAGGAGGUUGGGGAUCCCGAUGCUGUGGAUGUGACGACAAACAAGUAUGCAGCAUGGUUUGCUGAGGUAGCAGCAAGCACGGGAGAGCUCGUCGCGGCAUGGCAGGGGGUGGGGUUCACGCACGGGGUGCUCAACACGGACAACAUGAGCAUUCUCGGUCUCACCAUUGACUACGGCCCCUUCGGGUUCCUUGAUGCCUUUGACCCGGAUUUUACCCCCAACACGUCGGACAUGCCCGGGAGGAGAUACUGCUUCCGGCAGCAGCCGGAUAUUGGGCUGUGGAACGUGGUGCAGCUGGCCAAUACGCUCGUGACAGGUGGCAUAAUUGGAGUGGCCGAGGCGCAGCACGGGGUGUCCAGGUACGCGGAGGCAUUCCUGUCAGCCUACCAGCAGCGCAUGGCAGCAAAGCUGGGUCUGCCAUCAUACGAAAAGGACUUGACUCAGUCGCUGCUGCAGCUCAUGGCCAAACAUGGCGCUGACUUCACCAACACCUUCCGUGCCCUUGCUCGUGUUCCUGCUGAACGAGACUUUUCAGACGCUGACCUGCUGGCGCCAAUGAGGGGGGCGCUGGGGUUGCAGGAGGGGGCAGGGAAGGAAGGGGAGAAAGAGAAGGAAUGGGUGGACUGGCUCCGGCUUUAUACUGCCAAGCUACGGGCUGAAAAGGUUUCAGAUGCUGCCCGGCGGGCAGCUAUGGAUGCAGUCAACCCAGCUUACAUCCUCCGCAACUACCAAUGCCAGCUGGCGAUCGAGGCAGCUGAACACGGAGAUUUCAGCGUUACACAGCGGUUACAGGAAGUGUUGCAGAAUCCUUAUAAGGAGCAAGCAGGGGCUGAGGAAUUUGCCCAGCCCCCUCCUGAGUGGGCACUCAAGCCUGGGGUUUGCAUGCUCUCGUGUUCUUCUUGA